UGGUUAUAAAAUGUAAUUGUUUAUAAUUAUGUCUACUGAUAAUGAAAAGUGAUAAGAAUCUCAAUAACUUAGGUUUUAAAAAACAUAACUUCUAUCUGUCUAUCAUAUAUUAACUGUCUAUAAUAAAUAUCAUAUUAAAAUACGUUAAAAGAUUCAUUUUUAUUUCGUUGAAAUGGAAAUGAACGAAAGUAAUGUGGAUAAAAAAGAAAAGGAAACUAAUAAUUAUAUGGAAGAAGUUACUGAACAGGUUGAUAAAAAUGGAGUAAAAUAUAUUGUGUAUCAAGAAAAUCCUGUUGAUAUUGAUGCAGAUGCCGAAGAAUUAGAUUUAAACCACCAACAACUGGAUACAAUUGAAAACUUUGAACAUAUGCAAAAUCUCCGUUCUUUAUGCCUUCGUUGGAAUCGUAUUAAAACUAUUGAAAAUCUUCAAAUGCUUGUCAAUCUAAGUGAACUUGAUUUGUACGAUAAUCAAAUAAUUAAAAUUGAAAAUCUUUCCAGUCUCAUAAAUUUAAAAGUGCUUGAUCUAUCAUUCAACCGUAUAAAAGAAAUUGAGGGUCUUGAACAUUUGAUAAAUUUAGAGAAAUUGUAUUUGUCCAGUAACCGAAUAACUAAGAUUUCAAAUGUUAAUCAUUUGUCAAAUCUAAAGAUGCUAGAAUUAGGCGAUAAUAAAAUUAAGGUGAUUGAAAAUAUUGAAAACCUUACUGGCCUUACAGAAUUAUAUCUUGGAAAGAACAAAAUUGAUAAAAUUCAAAAUGUUGAUACAUUGUCAAAACUGAAAAUAUUGAGUCUACAAAAUAAUAAUUUGACUAAAAUUGAAAAUCUUAACAAAUUGACUGAACUUGAUGAGUUGUAUCUAUCUGAAAAUGGAAUCACUGUAAUUGAAAAUCUUGAAGGCAACAUAAAUCUUGGGACCAUUGAUUUAUCCAUGAAUAAAAUUUCAAAGCUUGAAAAUAUAGCAUACUUAAAAAAUUUAAAAGAACUUUGGAUAAAUGAUAAUCAAGUAAAUGAUUGGAAUGAUGUUACAAUUUUGGAACAGAUGAAACAAUUAGAAACAAUUUAUUUGGAACAUAAUCCUAUAAGCAAAGAUAGUGCAUAUAGAAGAAAAAUAAAACUAAUUAUUCCUUGGAUUAAACAGAUUGAUGCUGCAUUAGCUAAAUAAAUAAUUAAAAAUACCUACAAAUUCAUAUUAAUGUAACACAUUUUUUUAAAUAAGAUUA